AUGUCCAGCCACAUCAAAGAUGCCGCCAUCGCCGAGGUCAAAAGCGUCCAAGCAGCUUCCGAAGGCAUCCUCAGAUCCGGCGCAUAUCUGUAUCCAUUCAAGGGAAUAAUAUUCUUUGCAACCCACAAAGAUCUCUGGGGCCCAUUUACCGCCCGAGCCGGGCGAACCAUCAGCUUGGGCUUGGGCGUCACAUCAUUCAUGUUCUUUUUCACCUACGUGCCCCAAAUGGCCAUUAUGGCUUUUACUAGCGGUCCCUUGGCCGCUAUAUCUGCGGCCGUGCUUGUUCUCAGCGAAAGCGCCACACUGACGAACAUUUUCUCUCGAUCUUUCCUGGUUGAGGACGCUCUCAUCGAUACCUUUGACGGUACCCUUAUUGCCCGCAACCAGGAGUCGCUUGUCGCACAGGGACGCCAAGUUAAGCCCCAAUCUGGAAGUAGAGGUGCGGUUGCAAGGCUGGGCAAGAUCUUCUCGAGGCCCUUUGCGAAAUUCAAGCCGCAGGUUCUUUUGCGUUCUUUGCUGUACUUGCCCCUGAAUAUGAUCCCGGUGGUUGGAACGGUGCUUUACAUAGCUGUUCAGGGCAAGAGGAUUGGUCCAGGACUACACACACGUUAUUUCCAGCUGAAGGGUUGGGACUCGGCGCAACAGGAAGAGUGGAUUGCGAAGAAUCGAGGAGGAUAUACUGGACUUGGCAUUGCCGCCUUUGCUCUGGAGAUGAUACCCUUUGCUUCCAUUGUCUUUUCAUUCACGAAUACUGUUGGAGCUUCCCUUUGGGCUGCAGAUCUCGAGAAGGCAACGGAAUAA